AUGAGUAGUACUUCUAUUCAAAAUACUCCCCAAGAAAUUUCUCCGGUAACACAACUAUCUUUUGAUAACUAUGAACAAUCUCCGGUUGGUAAUCAAGGAAGCAAUUCUAAGUUUGGUGAAGAUGAAGAACAUAUUCCGAAGACCUCGGAGUACCCUCCAGAACCGCUGACGCAACCAUCGCCGGUAAAUCAACAACAACCCUCUCGUAUUUGGUCUGUAGCGGAAGAUGAGGCACUAAUUGCUAGCUAUUUGGAGCAUUGCAUCGAUAAAUUAAUUGGGUCAAACCAGAAAGCAUCAUUUUUAUGGCAAAAGGUUUCUGCAUCAUAUGAUUUGGCUCAAGGUGAAAAGCCACAUAUCUUGCCACCAAGAACAACUAAAAUGUUGGAGAACCGUUGGAGACGAAUUGCUCCAGAUAUUGGUUUGUGGGGAAGUUGUUAUGAAGAAGCUGGUAAACUUGGGAGUGGGAACUUCUUAUGUGAGCAUGGUUGGAGGAUGGUCACUAAAGAACCAAAGUGGAGGCCGAAACUUCGGUGGGAACUAUCUAAAGAAGAAAGGAAGGCAAUGCAACUACAAGGGGAUGUAGAUGAUAAUCAACAGGACAGUAGUGGAAGUGGGAAGAGACCUAGAGUCGAUGGAGAUGAUAUGACCGACUCAUCUGGCAGUGGAUAUUUCUCUGGAGGACUCCCUCGAUCUGAUGGUGUUAAGACAACUAAGGCAAAGCGCAAAGGUAAAGGAGUUGCAAUGGAGGGGGCGGUUCUUAGUUUUACUGAGGAAAUGCAUGCAAACACCGAGGUUAGACUUCAUGAGGCCAAUGCACGCCAACAAAGAUUAGAGAUGGAAAGGGCAAAGGAACAAAGGAGGCAAAAACAAAUGGAAUUAACUGAGAAACAAAUGCAAUUUGACCAAAUGAAAAUGAAGUUUGACAUGCUUCAAACUUUAAUGUCCAAGGCAACACUUACAGCCGGUGAAGAAGCUUUUAGGAACAAAUUGAUGCAAGAACUAUAUGGUGGUAAUUAA